AGCACUGUCAAAGAGCUUGUGAACAUAUUGACACCUCUUCAGGCUGUUGAUUUUCUGGUGGCAAGUAAGAAGCUUCACUUGUGUGUGCAUAAGUGGGGCAGGAACAGAGACCAAAAGCUUGGGAGGGAAAAUCUGGAAGAUUAAUUUUGGUAUGGAUUUUUGGGUAUUCAUUUUUAGUGACUGCAUGUAAUAAUAAAAUAAACCUUCUACAUUAAUUUUUUAUUUUAUUUUUAAAAGACUUUUUCUUUUGAAAGGGGCGAUUUCAUACUACACUCACACACACUACAGAUUACACGGAUGCUAGAACUCGAACUCAGAUCUUUUCUGUAAGAGCAUUUGCUCCAAACCACUAGUGUUCCUUUGCAUUUGCCUUCUACAUUUUUAGUGACUUUGCAUCUAAAUAACUUUAUCAUCAGAUCAUUGGCUGACCUCUCUUGAUAUCACGCAAAUUGUACAAAGAAAGUCCAAAGAUCACUAAUCCGUUUUUUGGGCAUCAACCAUUUUAAGCAUCUAAACUCUGGACAAUCUUUAAAUUAUUGAAGUGUGUUUAGAUUCUAGAAAAUGUAAAAAAUGCGAACUUGCUUGUCAUCCACAAAAUUGAGUCUUUUGGCCGGAAACAAACCCUACUGAGGAUUAGAUUGUGGACCUCGAGCUCCACUUCAUUUGGCGCCACUCUAUGAAUGGACCAACUUUUGCAAUCCACCACCACCAACCACCUCCCUUCUUCUUUUUCCACAAUAUCAGAUAUGUGGCCAAUACUAGACCAUAUGGGCCACAGACAACAUUCCCACACGGCACCCACGUGGAUAUCCUUCUUGGCAUGAGUUCAUGAGGGAGCAUUGUGGUCCAAUGUGUAUGUCCACAACCUGAUUGAGCAUGCUUCUCUGUCAAUCUGUUUCUGAAGAAAUUAGAGCCGUCCUAACAACGUUUCAGUUGGGCAUAUUGUAUUUUAGACGGAGCAAGUGCUCUUAUCCAAUCGUAAACGAUUUGAUUAAACGAAAAGUGGGAAUGAUUAUCCUUCAUCUCAUUUUCUUAUUAUAGUAAUUUCUCCAACUGUCUGUUACUAUACAUAGGAGCCUAAAUGACGACCAGUCCUUUAGUACAAGGCAGAGAGAGCAACCAAACUUUUCUUUACUAUUUUUGCACAAAUAGCUGAAUUGGAAUUAGAGUCUCUAUUAAGAGACGUGAUUUUUGGGAGCAGAAACAAGGAUGUUGGCCGAGCAUUCUGUCCUUGAACAAGGGUUGUCGGCAGCAUGCAGCCUUUUGGCAUGGGUUAAGUUCCUCGUGCUUUGAUUGCAUUUCACAAGGGAUUUUCCUCAUCCUGCCUUUCGGCAUGCAUGAGUUGAAAUUCCUUGUGUCCCCGGUCCUUGCUUUCCUCCACUUCACAACAUAAUUUUCGUUGGAUAUGAGCAUGUGUAUAUAAACUGCUGCAAUCAAGCUGCUAAGUUCUUGAUUGCAUGUACAUAUAGUAUUGAUCUUGUUUCAUCUUCACCAUCAGCUGUUUCUGUGGUGGAAAUUGAGGCAGGGUUUUCAGAAAAAGCCACAAAAGCAAAAAUGGAGAAAAAGAAGGGAAACAUAUUGAUGAAUAAAUACGAGCUGGGACGAUUGCUUGGACAAGGGACCUUCGCCAAGGUUUACCAUGCCCGAAAUCUGAGGUCCGGCCAGAGCGUCGCGAUUAAGGUCAUCGACAAGGAGAAGGUGCAACAGGUGGGAUUGAUUGAUCAAAUCAAGAGAGAAAUCUCUGUGAUGCGCCUUGUGAGGCACCCCAAUGUGGUUCAGCUCUUUGAAGUCAUGGCCAGCAAGACCAAGAUUUAUUUUGCCAUGGAGUAUGUGAGAGGUGGGGAGCUUUUCAACAAGGUUGCCAAGGGGAAGCUCAAGGAAGACGUGGCCCGAAAAUACUUUCAGCAGUUGGUUGGGGCUGUUGAUUACUGCCAUAGCAGAGGCGUCUACCACCGCGACAUCAAGCCAGAGAAUCUCUUGGUUGAUGAGAAUGGUAACCUUAAAGUUUCGGAUUUCGGAUUGAGCGCAUUAUGGGAGUCAAGGGGACAAGAUGGCCUGCUCCACACAACAUGUGGAACUCCUGCAUAUGUAGCACCAGAGGUGAUAAACAAGAAAGGUUAUGAUGGUGCCAAGGCUGAUACAUGGUCUUGUGGGGUUGUCCUUUAUGUUCUGUUGGCUGGUUUUCUGCCUUUCCAUGAUACCAAUCUCAUGGAAAUGUACAGGAAAAUCAGCAAAGGAGAUUUCAAAAGUCCGCAAUGGUUUCCUCCAGAGGUUCGCAAGCUUCUUUCGAGGAUUCUUGAUCCUAAUCCAAACACAAGAGUAAGCGUGGACAAGAUCACGGAGAACAGUUGGUUCAAGAAAGGGUUUAAACUUGUUGAAGCACCUUUGCCGCCUCCUGAUCCCAACGCCUCCAUCCUGCGUGAUGUCCAGGCAGCUUUUGCAUCAACAACAACAGAUGAGUCUGCAGAAGGCAGUUCCCACAAGAAAACGAACACGGCAGGAACAAGCCCCAUGAGGCCAACUUGUUUCAAUGCCUUUGACAUCAUCUCUCUAUCGCCAGGUUUUGAUCUAUCCGGUUUGUUUGAGAAUGACAUGCAGCACAGACCACAGGCAAGAUUCACCAGCACAAAACCAGCCGCAACAAUUGUUUCAAAAUUUGAAGCGAUAGCAGAGACCGAGAGAUUCAAAUGCAUGAAGAAAGAUGGGACCCUGAAAUUGCAGGGCAGCAAGGAAGGAAGGAAAGGGCAGCUUGGUAUCGAUGCUGAAAUUUUUGAGGUCACGCCUUCAUUUUAUGUUGUAGAGAUGAAGAAAACGGCUGGGGACACAUUAGAAUACAUGGAGUUCUGUGACCAUGACUUAAAGCCCUCUCUUCAGGACAUAGUAUGGACUUGGCAAGGAAGUGAACAGAAGCAUGAGCAACAGCCAGUAGCACCAGAAAUUGUUUCUUAAAUAGGAAGUGCAUAUUUUCUAUCUAAAACUAGAUGCUAAAAGAUGUCUUCCGUGCUUUUUCAUCUUUAUUUUCUUAUGCUUUCAGGUCUUUUUUUAUUUAUCCACUUUUGGAGUUCUUUUGAAUUUGAGAUCUAAAUGUAGUGAGGGGUAUUGUUAGUCUUGUGCACAACUUCAAGACAGAGUGCGGUACAGGAUGGCUCGAAAAUUCUGUAAACGAGAUGCUGCAAAAUGUGGUAGCCAGAAUGAUCAAGGGCAGAUAGACCACUGGUAGCCCCCCAAAAGGGCAAAUUUAGGAUAUUCAAUAACAUAUUUAAAGUGAAAGCUUUAGACUAA